UGACAGUGAUGGCCCACCCCGAGGAGAGCUGGGCGUUUCACUGCCUCCAACAUUCGACGACCUUCUGACGAGUGUGGUUCCAGCCAGUUUCAAUAAUCUUUGUGAUUGCGACGUUACCCUAGCCUAAAACAGCUAUGGAGGACAUUGGAAAAUCUAUCAUGAUUUACAUGAAGAACGAACAAGGCGUUGCUGUGCCUAUCUUUGUGAAAGUCAACGAUCCUGUAAGGUCCAUCUGGAUGGAAGCUGCCACUACCCGAGCAAUCCAUCGGGGAACGCUGAAGGGCAAAGCUUUCUUCCAUAACGGACGACGAUUGAAGGCCACUGAUAUCAUUGGCGAAAUGGGAAUUGUGGAUCAUGACACUGUGCGAUUAAUGAAGUUAAACCAAGGCCGCUUGCCGAGUACUGACAGCAUUCAAGGCGAUGAAUUACUGAAUGAGCUUGUAGAGGGAAAGAUAGAAGAUAUCGGAGCGGAAACAAUCGAAGAAUAAUCACAGAGCUUUUGUGAUCGCACAACUUUGCACUUCAACAUAUCUUUUGAAUGUGAAAAGAACGUUGUCUUGAUUGUAACAUAUGUGUAUUCCAUAUUGUACAUUCCUUUUUUGUUCAGUUUAAUGUCAUUUCCUUCACUUCUCAGUUCAUUUUAUAUUUCUUUCAUUUGUACAAAUUGACAUGCAUGUAAAUACCGAAAAUAUGUGCUAAUAAAAUUUUGGGACAAAG